CCUCCGAGCUGGGCGGCGACCUGUAGGCGGCAGCGCUCCCCGCUUUCCCGGCUCUCAUUUAGGGCGCAGCACUAGAAACGCGGAUCGCGGUGAGCCCUCUGAGGUUAGAAGUCCGGCGGCGACAUGAGCUCGAGGCCGGUGUUCCUGAGCGCGGCCGAGGUACAGGACCACCUCCGCAGCUCCAGCCUGCUCAUCCCGCCCCUGGAGACCGCUCUGGCCAACUUCUCCAGCGGCCCCGACGGAGGGGUCGUGCAGCCCGUGCGCACCGUGGUGCCAAUCGCCAAGCACAGCGGUUUCCUGGGGGUCAUGCCCGCCUACAGUGCCGCAGAGGACGCCCUGACCACCAAGCUGGUCACCUUCUAUGAGGGUCACAGCAGCGCCUCCGCGGUCCCCUCCCAUCAGGCCACAGUGCUGCUCUUCCAGCCGAACAACGGCUCCCUUCUGGCGGUCAUGGAUGGAAAUGUCAUAACUGCAAAGAGAACAGCUGCAGUGUCUGCCAUUGCCACCAAGUUUUUGAAGCCUCCCAACAGUGAAGUGUUGUGUAUCCUUGGAGCUGGGGUCCAGGCUUACAGCCAUUAUGAGAUCUUCACAGAACAGUUCUUCUUUAAGGAGGUAAGUCCAGGGAGGGAGGUGGGGGAUGUGGAGAGGAAGCAGCAGUGA